AUGGGUGACAGGGUUGUCGAGGUUGUCGAGGAGUCUCCAGUAACCGCGGUGGUCGAGGUGGUCGAGGUGGUUGAGUCUCCUGAUGUUGUGGUGCCGCUGGUGGUUGAUGUUGUGGAGGUGGUUGAGACGUCAGAUGUGCUUGAGGUGGUCGAUGUAGUUGAAGAUGUUGUUUGUGAACCAGUGGUAGAUGAUGAGUCGCCAGUGAUGGUACCAGAUGUGGUCGAUGUUGAGGUAGACGAUGUGGUGCCGACUGUUGUUGGGGUCUGUGUCGUGGAGGUAGUCGAAGAUGAGUCGCCAGUGGUAGUACCAGAUGUGGUCGAUGUUGAUGUAGAAGAUGUGGUACCGACUGUUGUUGGUGUCUGGGUAGUCGAAGUUGUCGAUGUUGUUGAAGACUCGCCUGAAGUUGAGGUUGGUGACUGGGUGGUGGAUGUCGAGGUUGUCGAGGACUCGCCAGUGGUGGAGGUUGUAGAUGAAGUUGUGGAGGUAGUGCUAUCUGUGGUCGAUGUUGAUCCUGAGGUCGAGGUUGUCGAAGACUCACCAGUAGUGGAGGUUGAGGUUGGCUCACUAGAGGUGGACGAGGUAGUUGAGGUGGUACCACCGGUGGUAGAGGUAGUCGAGGUUGUCGAAGUAGAGGACUCACCUGAGGUUGUGGUCGACGAGGUGGUGGAUGUAGUCGGCUCAUUGGUAGUGGAGGUGGUACCAUCUGUGGUCGAUGUUGUCGAGGACUCGCCAGUGGUAGAGGUGGAGGUUGGCUCACUUGUAGUGGUCGAGGUUGUUGUCGACGAGAUGGUGGAAGUGGUUGUUGGCUCACUUGUGGUCGUUGAUGAUGUAGUUGAUACAGUUGAGCCAGUGCCAGAUGUGGUCGAGGUAGUCGAGGAUGUAGAGGAUGUGGUGGUUGGCUCACUUGUGGUCGUCGACGAGGUUGUGGAAGUGGUGCCAUCUAUUGUCGAUGAGGUAGAGGACUCACCCGUGGUCGAGGUUGUCGAGGAAGACGAUGUUGUUGGCUCACUUGUGGUUGUCGAUGAUGAAGAUGUAGUACCAUCUGUGGUCGAGGUUGUUGACGAGGUGGAUGAUGUAGAUGUUGUACCGUCAGUUGUCGAUGAAGUGGUGGAUGUGGAUGUUGGCUCACUUGUGGUCGUAGAUGAAGUUGUGGAGGUUGUGGAAGUGGUACCAUCUGUAGUCGAGGACUCGCCAGUGGUGGAGGUGGAGGUUGGCUCACUUGUGGUCGUCGACGAUGUAGUGGAGGUGGUACCGUCUGUGGUCGAAAUUGUCGAGGACUCUCCAGUAGUCGAGGUUGUUGAUGAGGUGGUAGAUGUAGUUGGCUCACUUGUGGUCGCCGAUGAUGUAGUGGAAGUGGUGCCAUCUGUGGUAGAUGUUGUUGAUGAGGUUGUCGAUGAGGUGGUCGAUGAGGUGGUGGAGGUUGUUGUUGUGCCUGUGGAGGUGGUACCAUCAGUAGUCGAUGUUGUCGAGGACUCUCCAGUGGUUGAGGUUGUUGACGAGGAAGUGGAGGUUGGCUCACUUGUGGUCGUCGAUGAGGUAGUGGAAGUAGAGGUGGUACCGUCGGUUGUCGAAGUUGUCGAGGACUCACCCGUGGUCGAGGUUGUUGAAGAGGUGGUAGAUGUUGUUGGCUCACUUGUGGUCGUCAACGAUGUAGUGGAAGUGGUGCCAUCUGUGGUCGAUGUUGUCGAUGAGGUGGUAGAUGUUGUUGGCUCGCUUGUGGUUGAUGUCGUUGUACCUGUGGAAGUAGUACCAUCUGUAGUCGAUGUUGUCGAGGACUCGCCAGUUGUCGAAGUUGUAGACGAAGUGGAAGUGGUAGUUGGCUCACUUGUGGUCGUGGGUGAUGUUGUGGAUGUGGUACCAUCUGUUGUCGAUGUGGUCGAGGUCUCGCCAGUUGUCGACGACGUGGUAGUUGUAGUUGGAUCACUUGUAGUCGUUGACGAUGUUGUGGAUGUGGUACCAUCUGUAGUCGAAGUGGUCGAAGACGUGGAAGCGGUAGUUGGCUCACUUGUGGUCGUCGAUGAAGUUGUGGAUGUUGAGAUAGUAGUAGUUGUCGGAUCAUUGGUCGUUGAAGUUGUCGUUUGA